AUGGCAACCCCGACCGUCGUCUUGCUGCCGGUCUGGGGCGCCGGCCAUCUCAUGCCCAUGCUAGAAGCCGGCAAGCGGCUGCUCGCUAGCGGCGGCGGGCGCGGGCUCUCGGUCACCGUGCUCGUCAUGCGGCCGCCGACGGAGCAGCACGCGUCCGAGCUCGAGGGCGACAUACGCCGGGCGGAGGAGGCCGCCGCCGGCCUCGACGUCCGCUUCCAGCGCCUGCCCGCCGUCGAGCCGCCGACGGACCACGCUGGCCCGGUCGAGUUCAUCUCCCGGGUCGUGCAGCUGCACGCGCCCCACGUCAGGGCGGCCGUCUCGAGCCUGGCGCGCCCGGUGGACGCGCUCGUCCUCGACCUGUUCUGCACCCCGUUCGUUGACGUGGCCCGCGAGCUCGCCGUGCCGGCGUACGUGUACUUCACCUGCAACGCCGCGGCGCUCUCCUUCUUCAUCCGCCUGCCGGCGCUGUGCGAGGAGGUGGCCGGCGAGUUCGGGGAGAUGGACGGCGCCGCGGACAUCCCCGGGCUGCCCCUGGUGCCACCGCUCUCGCUCCCGACGCCGAUCAUGGAAAGGAAGAAGCCUGAGUGCACGUGGUACGCGUACCACGGCAGGCGCUUCAUGGACGCCGACGGCAUCAUCGUCAACACGGCCGCCGAGCUCGAGCAGAGCGUCCUCUCCGCCAUCGCCGAGGGCCGGUGCACGCGCGGGGCCGGUUGCCGGCCUGCUCCGACGCUGUACCCGAUCGGCCCGGUCAUCUCCUACCCCCCGCCGGCCGACCCGCCGCACGAGUGCGUACGGUGGCUGGACACGCAGCCUCCGGCGUCCGUGGUCUUCCUCUGCUUCGGCAGCGGAGGCUUCUUCACCGCGCCGCGGGCGCACGAGGUCGCCCGCGGCCUGGAACGCAGUGGACACCGGUUCCUCUGGGUGCUGCGCGGCGCACCGGCGCCCGGCACGUGGAGCCCCACGGACGCGGACCUCGCGCAGCUGCUCCCGGAGGGCUUCGUCGAGCGGACGAGGGACAGAGGGCUCGUGUGGCCGACGACGGCGCCGCAGAAGGAGAUCCUCGCGCACGUGGCCGUGGGGGCCUUCGUGACGCACUGCGGGUGGAACUCGAUCCUGGAGAGCCUGUGGUUCGGUGUGCCCAUGGCGCCAUGGCCGCUGUAUGCCGAGCAGCACCUGAACGCGUUCGCGCUGGUGGCCAGCAUGGGUGUCGCCGUGGUGAUGGAGGUGGACAGGAGGAGGGACAACUUCGUGGAGGCGGCGGAGCUUGAGCGGGCCGUGAAGGAGCUGAUGGGUUACGGCGAGGAGGGGAGGAAGGCGAGGGAGAAGGCCGCGGAGAUGCAGGCGAGGUGCCGGAAGGCCGUCGAGGAUGGCGGGUCGUCGACGGCUACGUUAUCAAAGCUCUGGAACGAUAUCUGUCGACAGUGA